AAAAAUAGUGAAACAAAUAGCAUAUAGUUUAUAGUGUAUAGUUUAGACAUAGACGUCAUGGAAAGACUUCUUCCUGUAUUGCACAGGUCUUGUGUGCACUUGUACUGUGUUAAUAUUAUAGCCACAAUAAACUCAUAUGGUGUGCAGUAUACACUAAAUAGAUUAAAUUAAAUAUGACAAUUACUAAUUUGUUGAAUUUUCUAUCACUAUUUGGUUAGUUGGUUUACAUAAUGGCUUGCAUGGUCGUCAUGCACCUAUGAUCCUCUUGAUGCUUCUACUGCUUCUGCCGCUUUUUUAAUGAAGCAUUCACAGAAAGCUCAAAUGAUACCUCAGACAUAAUUAUGAAAAUGAGCUCUCAAGGCCGUGGAUGUUAUUGUCCACACAGGAAAUUCUUACAUCACUCUGCUCUCUUCAAGAAGGCUAUCAACAUUGUUCCUCUUCGCUAUUCAUUUGAUUUUGUUUCAUUGAGCUUUUCGGAAACAUGACACACACUUGUAUAACCAUAGGCAAUAAUGCUAUUGAAAUAUGGUCACAAACAUGCUUAUAUUAGGUCAUGGACAGGCCAAGAAAAUGAGUCUAGAAAUUCCAUUCAGUGUGAACAUAAUGGUAAUCAAAUGUUAUGUAACUUUUAUUUAUAUUUUCGUCAAACAAAGGUUUGUCUGGUCCAUGGGAUUUAUAGACGAUAUAUAGGUCAGUUAUUUGUUGUCAUUAUUCCAUAACUUGUAACAAAAGUUGUACUGGGAUGUAAGACACAGUGAAACAAGCAGAUGGUUUUAUGAACAUAAAGUAUCUGUGUUAAAUAUGAAGCAAAUGAGUGGCGCCAAACUGGAUGGACUUAAAUGUUUUUUCUUUCUCGAAUAUUAUUUAAUCAAAACUGAGCUUGCACUUUUUUAGAUGUUGAACUCAUUACAAACAAAUCAUUUUAGUCCGAGCUAUGUCUGAAAAACUGUUGACUUGAUUGUCAUGUAAUUUUGUACAGACGUUUAUGCUUCCCUGAGGGGCCGUGCUCUGGGGAUUUUGGAUGUCCACUGACUUUUCCAGUAGCGCCACCAUGAGGUUCACAUUUGUGUUUUUUAGUGAAAAGUGGUUUGGUCCAGACAUUCUUGCCCCUCAGGAUGAAUUAUUGCCACUUUGGCAAUAUCUUGACUUUUCGUGUACAUCAUUUUUUUGUCCAAUACUUGAAGCUUGAACCAAAAGUAGGCUUUCAUACUGUAAAGUGUAGAUUCCUCAAGAGUACCUUAAACUCCAGGGAUCAACUUUGUAUUUGUCUUGUGCUCUCUGGAUUUGCGGCGAUGUCAACCGACAGCGUCAGAUGGCCAAGAAGCAGUUUCUGUUCAAAAUAUUUUCAACUGUAGCGACUUGGAAUCCAGAAACUUAUUUUUGACACAAAUCCUUGUGGAAGCAGACAUGUAGCCACAAUAAACUGAGCCUAAAUUAGGGGUGGUUAAGUUUUCAUGGCAGUAACCCAAUGAUAUAUAGGCUACCACUUAUAUGGGAAUGACAUACUGAAGACCAAUGCCCAACAUUCUCCCAGGACUACACUUUGGGUGGGGAAAAAGGCUUCUGCACUUGUGGAAGUUAAAUCUUGGGAAUCUUUGGUCAGAUUCUGGAGAAUGAAUAUCAGGUAGCCUUAAAGAAAGCUUGUUUAAAAUAUAUGUAAUGUUGCUCAUAGUCUACUCUUAUCUGUGCCGUAUGUUCAUGUUUUAUUGUGAGUGUUAUUGCGAGUGCAAACAUUACAAACUUAAAUCAUGAGCCAGAUCUCUGGAGCUUUUGGUGUUGUUGCUGUAUAAUGCAUUUUUCUUUUUAAAAUAAUGACAAAAAAUUGUCACAUUUUACCAGUUGCCAGUGUCUGCCCUUUCUGUAACAUUGGUUAUUUUGCUUCUAGCUAGUCUGAAAAUAACUCUUGCUUUUUUGAAUGUUUUUGGUAACCUGGCAACAGUAGUCAAGUGGAGAAGUGUCUGCUGCUUUCCUUUGCCAACGGAUGCUCUUUUCCUCUGUCUCUCCUUUCUCAUUUGCUCUUAAUGUAUGUCUUAAAAAUGAGAUAGUAAACUGAUAUUGAAUUGCAGUGGAACAUUAUGUUAGUUGUUGUUAUAAAUCUAUUAAAUGCUAUGAAAUUUGGUUGAUUAUCUGGAUGACUUAUAUGUAUAUUUUGUGUAUGUUCUCAGUUAAUUAUCAGAAGAGACAUUUCUGUUUAUGUUUUCAGAGCACUCUUAUUUUGAAAGCUCUACCUGUCACUUACCUGCGCGUUAAGACUUUACAACAUUGGAAAAGAGGACCCCAGGAUAAUUUGUCCUUUAUGUUUGUGCCAUCUUAUUUAUGAUUUGUUAUAGACGCUCUCUGAACUGUCCACAGAUGGAUCCCAUCAUUCACUACAGGAAGCUCCACCAUGUGGCCUAUGCAACCUGCUGCACUACCAACUCCUGCUGAGGGAUGACUGGGUUUGUCAGCCUCUCCAGAUAUUCCCGCCUUUUCUUUUCAACUCGACACCCUUGUGUUUCUCUCCACAGGGGCAGGGAAACGGGCAGUCAAGGGAAAACAAAAUGUACACCUGCGUCUGGAAUGGUCUCUUCCACUAUUCUGCAAGCCUCCCCUGAAUGAGUCAUCCAGCUGGCUCCUCAUUGGAUAAGACCAUGCCAUCCCAAGGGAUUGCCUUGCAGAGGCAGAAAGGCCUUGCUUCCAUUCACAGAAACAUUGGUAUGCCAGCCUGCUAUUUCAUUCACAUAAAAGACUAAAUAUUGCAUGCUUUUUUGUCCUCUUCUCUUAUCCUCCUUUGUCUUUUUGCCUCCUUUUUUUGAUUUGCGAGGGCCUGCCUUUUCUUCCCUGCUUUUGUGUUUGCCUUUUUUUCUGAGGAGAGAAGGCAGACGUGCUGUCUUUUUUUUUUUUCUAUGUUUGCCAGGCAGGAAAGAGAGAUGUUGGGAGGGACUGCAGUGCGAAAUCUGCAGCAGAGUGAGAGCGGAAGCUGCUUAUGAAUGAGUGUCAGUCUUUCGGCUUUGCUAGAUGCUCCUGAGGACAUUUUACAUGAAUGGUGUCUGGCUGUGUGCUUUCCGCUACCGGGGAGACAAAGAUGCUUCUUUGCUGCUGGUUUUAAGGAGACUCAUUGGCCUUUUCUGUUAUCCUUUUGGUUGUUUCAUUGACCCAUCUGCCUGAGAAACAUGUCAUUCAUGUUGUGUUUUUUUGAAUAUCAUUCAUGUAGUUCAACCUGGACCAAUUGCUGUGUAUUUUAGACUAGCUGUUAGAUUAUAUCUGCUUCCUAGUUGUCAACUGAAUGUUUUAUUCCUUUGUUGCAGGAUACAAAUGGAGAAUUAGUGCUACACAUUAGACAAAUGGUCUCAAAACAAUUUUAUGGAAAUAAAUAGCUUUAUUCAGUUUUGCUUUAAUGCCUGAUUAUAAACAUUUUGUGCAGAAACAACAAGUGUAUUAUUUAGUCAUAGGUUUUUGAAAGUACAUAACUGAGAACCAGGAGUGAUGUCUGCCCAUACUCUGCAGCUAUUAUAAAUUAACAUGGACAAUAUAUUAAUGAUGUUGCGUAUUUCCAGUCAUGUCAAAAUUUUCCUGUGUUUUUGCUUUCAGUGAUUUAUAGAGGUUUAUUUUGCAUCCUAUAAGGAAAAGGACAUCUUAAUGAAAUGUUUGAAUAGAGAUUUUAUUCUUGAAUCAAAGAUGUCUUUAUUUUGGCAGACAAUUGUAUCUGUAAAUUAGGUGUAGGCUAGUUCCCAUUACUUAUUUCAUUAUUGUCUCUGUGAUUAGUUUGUUGUCCGUGUCAAACUUUUAUUGCAAUUUUUACCGGUUCAUCCAUUUUGUAAGAUAUUGAGUAUUAUAGGAAUUCAAGCAAAUUAUUAUGAAUAAUUAUGUUGCUAAGUUAAAUAAUCAAACUUCCGCUCGUUCCUCAUUUCCUUUUCUCAGAAAAACAAAUACGACGGAAAGAAUUACAGGAAAUAAAUAUCAGACUAGGGAAUUUAAAAAUUGAUGGGUUCUAGUGUGCUGUAAGUGGGAGGUUUUUUUCUCCCUCCGACAGGAAGUGAUUUGCAGUGUUCAGCAAGCCUUUUGUUGAGAAGGUUUUCUCAGAUCAGUGAGUCAUGCUUUAGCUCUGAGCCGGCAGGCAGGCAGGCAGGCAGGCAGGCAGGCAGGCAGGCAGGCAGGCAGCAGUCAGUAGAGAGUAUUUGCUCUUCCCUCGCAGUAUCCGUGAUCAUCGACAACAUAGACCUUUCUCUGUUCUCUUACUUUUUGGAUUUUUGACGCCAGAAAUCAGCAGCAGCAGCAGCAUCACCGCUGGAACCCAAACAAGCUGCACCACAACACUGGCAGCCUUUUAGGGACCUUUUUCUCUCCAUCCUCUGCUUCCUCUGCCUCAAUGCUGUGUUUCCAUGGAUUGUGUCUGUGUAUUUCUCUCUGACGGAUUGGAUUGCAGCUCUGGAUUUCAUUGAGAGCAGAUUGGACUUUGGUGACAGCAGCAGCAGCAGCAGCAGCAGCAGCUCAACACAUCCACCACUGUAACCUCAAUAGAGAAAAUUACAGUCAGGUGGCCUGUGAUUGCUAAAAGGCGUUUGCUGCCUGUACCGCUGCUGCUAUGUUACAGGAGAGGGUAAUCAGCACGGCUCAGCCACGUCUGCCAGCACACUUGUGAAAGAGGCAGGCUGUGCGUGUUGGUUGGUGGAGAGAGGGGAGAGAGCAAGAGAGAGAAGGGUAUGCUUCACCGUACCAAAUACAACCGCUUCAGGAAUGAGUCAGUAACAUCCGUCGAUGAGCUUCUCCACGGCCUGUCCAUGAACCCCAAGGUCUCGGCCACCCCCCAGUCUGCAGCCGAGACAUCUUACACACCCCCGACUGAGGUCCAGUCCUCCUCCACCACUACUGCUUCCAGCACCCCCACCAGCCACGGCUCUGACCACCUGGAAGAUGGAGGCACCACCCUCUGUACACUCAUCAACAAGGUGUCCAGCCUGAAAUUCAGUAACUCAGGCAGCUUGCUGGGCAUCAAGGGUCUGCCCUCAGCUGUCAAGGACCUGGCUGUGUCUAAGCUGCAGGUGGGUGGGGGAUCGGGCUCAGGCAGCUCCAGUGGCCCGAGCCCCGGUGUGGCGACUACAGCAGCGACAGCCUCUGGUGUGGGCGGCUCUCUGUGCAGCUCGGCCUCCCAUUCAACCCCCUGCUCACAGCUGGAGCCAGCCGUCAGCAUGAGCAAGAAGAGCAGGCUGGACGAGCUCCAGCCUGGCAGAGAGGACUGGAAUCCAGGUGGAGGUGGUGGACUGGUGAACAAACCCUCCAGAGGAUGGCUACACUCGAGCGAGAAGAUCUCUGGUCCAGGAGUGACAUACAUUGUGAAGUAUCUGGGCUGUAUAGAAGUCCUUCGGUCAAUGAGAUCUCUGGAUUUCACCACAAGAUCACAAAUUACAAGGGAAGCCAUCAGCCUGGUGUGUGAGGCUGUUCCAGGGACCAAAGGAGCUCUGCGGAAGAGAAAGCCACCGUCCAAAGCUCUGUCCAGUAUCCUGGGGAAGAGCAACCUGCAGUUUGCUGGCAUGUCCAUCAACCUAAAUAUCUCCACCAGUAGCCUCAACCUGAUGACCCCCGACGGCAAACAGAUCAUAGCCAACCAUCACAUGCAAUCCAUCUCCUUUGCAUCAGGUGGAGACCCUGACACAACAGAUUACGUUGCCUAUGUAGCAAAGGAUCCUGUUAACAGAAGAGCAUGUCACAUCCUGGAAUGCUCUGACGGGCUGGCCCAGGACGUCAUCAGCACCAUCGGCCAGGCCUUUGACCUUCGCUUCCAGCAGUACCUGCAGUGUCCCUCAAGCAAACUGUCCUCCACACAUGACAGGGUAUUAAACAUGGAGGAGUUACCAUGGACAGAGGAAGAGGAGGAGUCAGCAGAACAUCCUUACUAUAACAACAUCCCUGGCAAGAUGCCACCACCCGGAGGCUUCAUCGACACCCGGCUGACCAAUCAGAAUGCAGCAGCAGAUGGAUGCCAGAUGGGCCCAGGUUCAGUAGAUCAGACGUAUUACCAAGGGCGGCACUGUGGAGAAAACUGGGGAGAAGAAAGAAAGCCCAUAUUCAUACAACAGGGAUCGUUUGAUAUAUGCAGUCUGCCCGAGAGUAAAGGUCAGGCAACGAAAACAGGAGAGAUGCCAGCGUAUGUGAACACUCAGCAGAUUGACGCCCAGGUGCUUGCAGCACUCCAGGCAGAGGCGGAAAAUGUGACAAAGGGCAUGGCGGCUGCAGCCAAAGAGAGCCCACAGAAGGACCUGUUUGACAUGAAGCCCUUUGAGGAUGCCAUUCAGUCGCAGUCCCACCCGGCGUCCCAAGGGCAAGCCCAGUCCCAGGUUUCUGGACUUCACAAGGCAGCAUCCGUGGACAACUCGAGCCCUCUUCUUGUGCGCUCGCUAGCCUUCCGGGCACAGGAGGAGCUGGAGGGCCAGACAUGGUACCAUGGCAAAAUGAGCCGCCGUGACGCUGAAAAACUGCUAAAAGACGAUGGGGACUUCCUGGUUCGUAAGAGCACUACCAACCCAGGGUCCUACGUACUGACGGGCAUGCACAAUGGACUUGCCAAACACCUACUGCUGGUGGACCCUGAGGGCACGGUACGGACAAAAGAUCAUGUAUUUGACAGCAUAAGCCAUCUAAUUGGCCAUCACCGUGACAACAAUCUGCCGAUUGUGUCAGCUGGGAGUGAACUGUGUCUCCUACAGCCCGUUGGAAGGAAACAGUGAUGCUUGCAAUGCCUGAUGGGAAAUAGGAAGCUCUGGACAGUCUCUCCUACCAUCCUGAAACUUGAAGAUGAAACACGAAGAGUAGAUGCUUAAAGGCUCCAUGCGUGACAGUGUUUUGGGGAAAUUGGCCCGUGGUUACUUUACCGGAGGCACUGGAAAGACGCAAGAUUUGUUUAAGAUGAAAAAUAAUUUAUAGAACUGUUAUUAUUUUGUUGUGAUGACUGAAAUGCUAUAUUUUUGAGAAGACAUAGGUGCAUUUGGACAUAAUAUCUUGAUUUGGUGUUUUAAAAGAUAAAAAAAAAAGACAAUUGUAGUUUAGUUUAGAUGAAGUGCAAAUCAAACCUCAAAGAGGUGUUAACAAGAGUAUUUUAGAAUAAAAACCUGAAAUUUUAGUUUUGUCUGUCAAGCACAACCACAUUUCUACAGGAACCAUUGGCUAAGAGGUGGAGGACACAGAAACAGUUUGGACAACAAAUGCUAUUUAUAAUGAAUUACUUUAGGGAAAAUGUCCUUUAAUCUCACCAAUAGCGUGACAGCUCACUCAAUUAGUCACUAUAUGAAAUCUGCUUUUAUUGGGGAUUAGAACUGAAUGUGUUUUGCUUUGCAGUAGUCACAAAGUGUUGGGGUGCAAACAGACAUCCUUCAUAGUGCUGUCAAUGGCUUUAAAGAUAAACUUUUUUUAUGAAGUAUUUUCUUGUGUCACUGCAGUCGCAUGACUUAAAAUCAACUGUUCUUGUGGACAUUGUUCGUAGACCUUGAUACCCCUUUAUUUGAAAGAGGUGCUUGUGUAUGCUGACACUGUAAAAAUAUUUAUGCUUUUCAACCAGUGAUUAUUUCUGAAUUGGUUUUCUCUGGAUUCUUCUUUUAGGUGUGUAGUCAAUGAUUAGUUUUGGGGGCUUGAGUCAUGCAAUGGAUAUUCUCACAUUCUUAAUUAACAUUUUCAGCUUAAUUUGUGAACUUUUAAAAGUUAGUGUUAUCAUUUUUGAAUGAUCACAAAUGAAUAGCACAAUCAGAAAGUUAGAUCAGUUAGAUCAUCUGUGUCAGUUGUACCAAGACAAACUACCGAUGUGUUGAGACGUAAUUUACACUUUUUACUGAAUUAGAGGAAUGUUUGAGUUCACACAGUGUGCACUCACUGCAGAAUGUUUAAUAUUAGAUCACCGUCACUUAUUGAUGUGUGUGGAUAUCUUAUGGUAAGACUACUUUAUUGCCACAAGAUGUCAACACAGAAAUGCUUGUUUACCCCCCUUGUCACACUCACUUGAAUUCUCUUGUGUUAUCACUUAUAAGUAGCAAAGGAUGCUGGCUGUGUAUUGCUUCAACUACUACAGUUCAGGGGAGAAAUCCCACUCUAAGAAGCAAGUUUUCAACCAUUAUUGCUUGCCAGGUCAGCGUUAAUUUGCAUUUUUCAGUCCACUGUACACAAUCGUUCCUCAGAACAGUUUACUGUAUUUAGGUUAUACGGACUGUUUUUGUAGAGUGGGAAUCAAAAUUUUGAAACGGCUUAUAGAAAUAGUACACAGCAGUUCUGGCAAAAAAGACUUUUUAAAUGCUCUCAUCCUUACUAUUGUCAAUACUCUGAUGGAUACCAAAUGAAUGGGGCAUUGUAUUUGAUAUGCACUGGACCACUUCAGUUGAACCAAAAUCAGCAUGUGUUCAAUGAGUUUGACAAGACAGAUGCAAUGUAAUAUAACGUGCCUGUAUUUUGCUGCAAGAGGGAGUGUACAGUACAUGCAUCUCACAACAACACAUAUUUUAGCAAAGAGCAGUAUUGGGAUUGUUAUAAAAAAAAAAUAUCCAGCACCAGAUCCAUUUUGGUUUAAGCCGAUAAGACUUUCCUUAAUUCCUUGUGUCCCUUUAAAAGGGAAGAGGCAGUUUUGAGAGAAAGGUGUGAAGAAAAGGACACAAAGAAUAAUUGAGUUUUUUUUUUUUACACUUAUCCGCCAUUAACUUUUACUUUGUCCAAUUCUUGGUGACAUAAUUUCAUCAAAUCUAAUAUCUUGGGAGAAGGAAUAAUGCGCUAAAUUUAAAAAAGGGGAAAAAAAGAAAGCACUAUGCUAAUGUAAAGAAUUAUUUGGAGAACUGUCUUUAUUUCUAAAGAGCAAAUUUGUAGAAUCAACUUGGCAAAAUGUGCAAAGUUUUGAACAAAGCAUAUACAGCAGGAACAACUCCAUACUUGAAUCUCUCUGAUAACAUGACGAUUAGCUGUGUGGCAUAAAGAAAUUAUACAACCAAACACGCUGGGACACAAAAAGAACAUGGCUUCUUUCCAGAUUUCUGUUGAUGAAAAUGUGCCUUUUAUUUGUACAAAUGGUAUUUUUAUUUCUCUUUUUCUCUCUCUUCAAAGUGCAAUAGCUGAUCUUCAAUGGGGCAUGCCUGUUCACUAGAGGUUGUGUUUUGCCCUGCUGCGUGUUGCUGCUUGAGACUACUGUUUUCUCUCUCUAUCUGUCUCUUUCUCUCCCUCCCUCCCUCUCUAUUAUAUAUUAUAAAUGUAUCAUUUCCAGAUUCUAAAUAUAAAUCUUUGUCGGAGGGAAUCACACAGAAACUCACUAUUUUGGAACAGGUAUAGUAAAAAAAAAAAAAAAAAAAAAAAAAAAGGAAAUAAAAACAAAGAAACAACAAGUCCAAAUGAUGUUUACAGAUUUAAUCUUUUGGUUGUAUGGGUUUAUCAUUAUUCUGUAUGACUGUUGGCAAUAAAACCGUGAAUGUGUAGAA